AUGACUAUUGUGCUGCUAUAUGAAGCACCCGUUGGCAUUGCAAUUUUCUCUUUUGAUGGGGACUACUUCAAUGAUCCAGCAAAGAGUUUGAAAGAAUUUGUACAAAAUGAGACGGUGCCCUCCCUAGUUGACAUAGCUAAUAAUGCUAUUGACGAUCACCUGGCCAAGAGGCUCACUGACUUGUGUGGUUAUGAGAAGAAAUUAGUUGAAGGGUGUACCGAAUGUAAAGUAAUAAUUGGUGAACAAUAUAUUGAUCACGAUUUGAUUUUUCAUGGAAUAACAUGUCUGCAUGUUGACGUUCCGGAUUGUGAGAUGAGAAUUUGCACUCAAAAGAAGCCCAUGCGUACUUUAUCGCCUAAAAGACUAUCAGAUCCUACUAAAGAUUCAACGAUAUUCUUACAUCAACUUGGCAUUACUUGCAAGCUCGACAAGCAUUAA